CAGAGCACAAGGCAUAGACUGAGCAAGGUCACAAACAGGAAGACAAGACACAAAGCUAUAUCAAAAGCGAACCACUCACAGAAGAAGAUGAAGCCGAUGCUGUCUAUCACGACCCUGCUUGUAGCUCUCGCUCUGGUCACCGAAGCCGUCCAAGUGGAAGAAGGAGGCUUCAGCUUCCCACUUGAUGCAGUGAAAAAACUCGAAGAGCUCAUGGGGGUUGACAUGACAGUGAAACAGAGCCCUCGCCUGGCAAAGACCAGUACUACGGCCGUCUGUACCAACCCAGGCCUGCCAGCUGUGUUCUUGCCCCUCUGCAAGAGCAAAGGAGCGGCCAAUUCUUUCUUCAGACUGGGUUUUGUGGCAGCCCGAGCAGACCUCUGUGAAAUCUGUGCAUUCGCUGCCUGCACUGGGUGCCUCUGAAAGUCCUGAUCCUGACUGACUGUCACACCCUCCCCCGAGUUUUCAUUUCUCCGUUCUUUAAAUUAAUUUUUAAAUUAGCGCACAAUUAUCUGAGAUUUCCUGAUAAAAUAGGGAGAAAAUAUAUGCUUUUUGUUUUUCCUUGUUCAUUUUUUAAUAUCAUUUAUUAAACAUUUGUUUGAAUUUG